AUGAAUGUCGUAUUCGUGUGCACUAGCAACACGUGUCGCUCGCCGGUCGCGGAGCACUUCGCCGUCGAGUACUUCCGUCGCAAGCUCAAUAUGUCGCGCGAGCAACAGGAAGAGAAGGGGAUUGUCAUCCGGUCAGCAGCGUUGACGGACGUGUUUGACCGAGAGGGCUCGCCAGCCUCCAAGCACGCGGUGGAUGUGAUGAAGAAGUAUCAGCUGGAUCUGUCCAAGCACCGCUCGCAGCUCCUAACGGAGCAAAUGUGCAUGGAGGCCGACUACAUUGUGUGUGUAGCCAGCGGCAUGGCCUACAAGGUCAUGGAGAAGUUCCCAAGAAUCGAGGAACGGGAGGCGCUGGCCGCCAGCGGCUGGCCCAGUCUGGCGCUUGACGACCAAGCUGCCGCAUGCAUGAUCGACUGGCUGGCUUAG